UCUUCGCGACGAAUUCGUCAAAGACGGUUCGGCGGUACGAGCGCGCGCGUCGUCGUUGCACGUGUCACGCAUUCGAACAACAAACAAUGUCGAGCAAAGUGCAGGGAUCGAAUCCCCCGGAAAAUCACGUUUCGAAUCACCUCGCGUGUCGUCGUAUUCGCUGACAGAUUCACGAGAAAGCGAUAUUCCCGACAGUCGUGUAAACAUGCCUCGUUACUCGACCACGAAUACUUUUACGCUCGACGAAAUCUUCCGGUAAAUAAACGAUAGCGAACCGUGGCACGUCCAAAAAUUCCUCUUUGUUUACGCGGGAUAGUCAGCCAAAGGUCAACAGACAGACGCACAACGGAGAUAGAUCAUUUUUGACACACGUUAACAGUCCGAAUCUGGUUGUGGUCGGUUUGAUCACUCAGCGGACGGGGAACGCGCACAGCCUCGCGAUGGAAACGUACAACGACAGUGUCGAUCCAACGAUGAGGAUAACGGACGAAGGAUGCACUAUUCAACUGAGGGAUGACCAGAACUUUCUAAAACCAGAAACACGACGUAUCCCUAAGAUGCACAUCGAGUUCGACGAUCUCUCGUACUCGGUCUGUUGCAACAAAGACAAAUCGAAAAGGAUACUGGAGAGCAUCACGGGUUGUUUUCGAUCCGGAAGGCUGACAGCGAUUAUUGGUCCAUCCGGUGCUGGAAAGACGACGCUUCUCCGUAUCGUGUCCACUAUGAAAUCGACAAACGUGAAAGGCUCGAUCGUCGUGAACGACAGAGAAUGCGACAGUGGCGCCUUUCGAAAGCAAACCUGCUUCUUGCCGCAAGAGUUCGCGCUUUUACCAUUGCUUACCACCAGAGAGACUCUGUACAUUGUCGCGCGAUUGAAAGUUCAAGGUGUCCGAUCACCGCGAGCUAUAAGUUUAAUCGUGAAGGAAAUAGCCGAGAAUCUGGGGUUGACGAACUGUUUGAACACGAUGGUAGAGAACCUGAGCGGCGGAGAACGGAAAAGGCUGUCGAUCGGUAUUGAAAUGGUUACGAAACCGUGCGUUUUACUGCUCGACGAGCCAACCAGUGGACUCGACAGCACCUCAUCGAAUCAGGUGAUCGGUCUGUUGCACAAAAUGGCGCGAACCGGUUGCAUGGUCGUGUGCGCGGUUCACCAGCCCAGCAGUCGUAUGAUAUCGCAAUUCGACGACUUGUUGGUUAUCCAUAAGGGUAAAUCGUUUUACUGCGGUACCUGGGACGACGUGUUGAACACGUUCAACGGCGCGGGCUACGCGUGCCCGCCAUUUUACAAUAUAGCUGAAUUCGUUCUCGAGGUGGUGACGGCGGAGAGAGGCGGCGAUUUGAAGACCCUGCACACACUCAAUCGCGACAAGUACCUGGAAUGGAAAACGCAGUUCCAAAAUCCGAGUAUAGGAACGGACACGGCGGUUUCGACGAAAGUAGACAGUAUUCCGAAGAAGUCGAAGUUGUCGACUAUGUGGCAAGAAUAUAAAAUUUUAUUUUUCAGAGGAAUGAUCUGUAUUAGACGAGACAAUACUCUAACGAAGCUCAGGCUCGUAGCGCACGUGGUAGUAGCUUUUCUCCUAGGAUUAGUGUUUUACCAUUGCGGGAUCGACGCUAGUAGAGUUCACAGCAAUAUAGCUUGCAUAUUUUUCACCUUGUUGUUUUUAUAUUUCUCGAGUUCCAUGCCAGCCGUGCUGAUAUUUCCCAUCGAGGCUGCAGUUUUUCUACGAGAGUACUUGAACAAUUGGUACCACUUGAGAUCCUAUUUCGCCGCUAAAAUUAUGACCGAUUUACCGUUGCAAAUUAUUUCUCCUUCGAUCUUUAUCGCCAUCGCCUAUUACAUGACUGGCCAACCGAUGGAGUGCGACAGAUUGUUCCGUACUUGGUUGAUUUGCAUUUUAACGACCGUGCUGGGCCAAUCAUCGGGAAUGCUCGUCGGCGUUGCAUUCGACGCACAUUUGGGAGUAUUUCUGAUUCCUGCGCUCAACAUGCCGAUGAUUCUGUUUGCCGGGUUUUUCUUAAAAUUCAGCGAGAUAACGUUCUACCUUCAACCAUUUUGCGCCAUCAGUUUCUUCAGGUACGCGUUCGAAGGUAUUCUACAGGCAAUUUACGACGGGGACAGAGAAAGAUUGCCGUGUUCUCAAGUCUAUUGCCACUUACGCUUUCCAAACAGAAUCCUGAAGGAAUUGAACAUGCCCUCAGUUUCGUAUCGCACGACUGUGCUGGGGUUAAUUAUCUGGAUACUCUGUUUGCAAGCGAUGACGUACCUGGUACUUAAAUGGAAAGCGUAUAACGCCAAAAGAUGAUAUUACGUUCCGCGAUUAGGUACAUUUUAAUAAUCAUAGGAAAAGGAAUACUCCGAUCUUAAAAACUACUGACCA